GCCUCGGAGUCAGAGCUAACACACACACACACACACACACAGUACUACUGUGGAGAGCGUCGAGAACAACGGAGCUGACAGCGGCACGUCCGAGUCACGGGGAAGAUGGAGACCAGGGAUUCGAACUUCAACAUCCUGCUGGCCACUGACUCGUACAAGGUCACACACUAUAAACAGUACCCACCGAACACCAGCAAAGUGUACUCGUACUUCGAGUGCCGUGAGAAGAAGACGGAUCCAACCAAGACCUGGAAGUUUAAAUAUGAGAAGACAGUCUUCUACGGCCUGCAGUACAUUCUUCACAAAUAUUUAAAAGGGAAGGUGGUUACCCCCGAGAAGAUUCAGGAGGCCAAGGAGGUGUACCGAGAACACUUUCAGGACGAUGUGUUUAAUGAGAAGGGCUGGAACUACAUCCUGGAGAAGUACGACGGCCAUCUGCCCAUUGAGAUCAAGGCCGUGCCGGAGGGAAGUGUGAUUCCUCGUGGGAAUGUCCUCUUCACCGUGGAAAGCACGGAUCCUGAGUGCUACUGGCUCACCAACUGGGUGGAGACGAUCCUGGUUCAGAUCUGGUAUCCCAUCACGGUUGCAACUAACUCACGUGAGCAGAAGAAGAUCCUGGCCAAGCAUCUCAUGGAAACGUCAGGAACUUUAGAGGGACUCGAGUACAAGCUGCAUGACUUUGGAUACAGAGGAGUUUCAUCACAAGAGACUGCAGGUAUUGGAGCCUCGGCACACUUGGUGAACUUUAAGGGAACCGACACCGUGGCUGGGAUCGGAGUCGUUAAAAAGUACUACGGCACUAAAGACCCAGUGCCUGGAUUUUCUGUACCAGCUGCAGAACACAGCACGAUCACAGCCUGGGGUAAAGACCACGAGAAGGAUGCUUUCGAGCACAUCGUGAAGCAGUUCCCCUCGGUGCCCGUGUCCAUCGUCAGCGACAGCUAUGACAUCUACAACGCCUGUGAGAAGAUCUGGGGCGAGGACCUGAGGGAGCUGGUGGUGAAAAGGAGUGCUGAUGCUCCUCUGGUGGUUCGUCCAGACUCGGGGAACCCCCUAGACACCGUACUGAAGGUCCUGGAUAUUUUAGGCAAGAAAUUCCCUCCUGUCGAGAACUCUAAGGGCUACAAGGUGCUUCCUCCCUACAUUCGGGUCAUUCAGGGUGAUGGUGUGGACAUCAACACUCUGCAGGAGAUAGUGGAGGGGAUGAAGGAGCACAGGUGGAGCAUCGAAAACAUCACGUUUGGGUCGGGAGGCGCACUUCUGCAGAAACUCACCCGAGAUCUCCUCAACUGCUCCUUCAAGUGCAGCUACGUGGUGACGAAUGGAAUGGGGGUAAAUGUCUUCAAAGACCCUGUAGCCGACCCCAACAAGAGGUCAAAGAAGGGUCGUCUGUCACUGCACAUGACACAGGGCGGAGACUUCGUGACCCUGGAGGAGGGGAAGGGCGAGCUGGAGGAGUAUGGAGAGAUCUCACAGGUGGCUCCGUGUGUUCUGUCGCAGGACCUUCUGCACACAGUCUUCCACAGCGGGAAGAUCGUCAAGACGUACACCUUCGACGAGGUCAGAGACAAUGCCAGGCUCAAGCAGAGUGAAGUCGAGGAGCUGCUCCACUGAGAGGCCAAAGCUUCGUCGCAAACACACACUCCUUCCCCCCCCCUCCUUUAUUAUGAUGUUAUUAUUGUUAUGAUUUCUAUUUUUAAUAAACCCAUAAUAACUCCAUACGGUUGGAGAUGUUUUAAAACCCCAGCACUGAUAAAGAAAGUGAGAGAAUGUAAGAGACAGAGAGAGAUGAGAGAAAGAGGGACGGCGAAUCUCUCACUGUACAUUGUGUCCUCUGUGUGUGUGUGUGUGUGUGUGUGUGUGAGUAUACAGCUGUGUUUUUUUUCUAGUUUCUUAGAUUAAAAAUUGAGAUAUUUAUGUUAAUUAAGACUUGAUUUAAGUUGUCAGUUUCUCCCCCAGUUCUCACGUGAAGGGUUUAAUGACGAGGCGUAUCGGGAGCGCAGGGUUCGACUGGAGCGGAGAAACUCUGUAGUCCAAACUGAGAUAAUGACCAAAUGGUUGAGCAGCGUUUUCUAUUCGCUCAGACGUUUGUCGAAAAUCAUCCAAAAAACACACACACACACAUAAAAAAGGUUGCGUUUUUUUUUUUUCCAUGUCCGUGGGUGAGAGUGUAGAGAGCGACAGAUAGAGAGAGAGAGAGAGAAAGAGAGAGAGAUGAGAUGUUACUGAACGUCAACACCGUGUACGUACAUGGACCAGGUCUUUUAUUUUUAAUGUCGUUCAACAAAAUGGCUAGAUUUAAAGAAAUGCACUUUUUUUCCAAUUUCGUUAUUUAAUUAUUAUUAUUAUUAUUAUUAUUUUUUCCCUGUCCUUGUUCGUCUUAGGUUCACGCGUCCCUUCCUCAGAGGAAACACUCCAAAUACUGUACGUUGUUAGAUGUUAAACCACAUUAUAGAAAUCUUCUCUAGUGUACACAUUGUAAAGUAGCCGUGUCUUGUAAUGGGGGGGGGGGG